AUGAGGAAAGCGACAGAACUGGCAUCCACAAGUCUGACGGGCAGGCGCGAUCACGCCGUGAUCGGCGAGAAGGUGACGCCGAUCGUUGAGUCGAUGUACGGCCGCGUGAAGGGUUUUGAGACGAUUGUGAACAGUGCGGUCAAGGAGUUGGAGGCGCUGAUGCACGAAUUUACCCUCGCGACCGCACAUCAGACCCGUCUCGACCUGGAGCUGAUCGACGUGAACCAGAAAGUCGAAGAGGCCAUCCGUAUCCUCAAAUACGAGCACGGCCACCUCAACUUUGACGGCAUAGAGGAAGAGCCGUUGCCUAAAAGCGUCCCUGCCCCCGUCUAUGAUUUCUACCCGGGCGAGAAGCCGAAGAAGGUGACCGUCGAUGCUCCGGUUGAACGGGCCGAAAUCGGCAUUGAGCAGACGAAGGCCGAACGAGGAGCCGCUGCGGCUGCCGAAGCCCGCCUUGGAAAGGAGAACCAGAUGAAU